UUUUGAUAACUGGAAUUUCCAAGCUCAUAUUUUGGGAUUUGAUAAAAGUAAUGUAAUUAAAAUGAAAAAGAGACUUUUGGAUAAUCUUAGAACGGAACGUGAGGAUGAUUUAAAUAUUCACGAAAGACGUAUUCUGUCUGGUCUCGAAUUUUUUGAGCAGGCAGAAAGACAAUCUGAAGAUCUAAAAGUCAGAAUUUAUGGUAACAAAGUUAUUUUUAAAGGCCACACUUCGAAAAUAGCCGAAUGUCAAAAGGAUAUGAAUAAAAUACUUCAGUCAGUUGUAAGAUCGAAACUGUGUUUGCCUUUAAAUACUGGAAUGAUCAUAAAUAAAAAACCAGUGAAAGAAUAUCUUGAUGAAAAACUGAGAAACAAGAAAUGUAUCGGUUCAUGGGAAACGGGUGAUGGUGAUUCAGUAUUACUUCAUGCAAGUGAUAAAACACAUCUUUCACUUUUGGAAGAAAUCAUGAAAGAAACUUUUGUUGCCAAUACACUGGAUUUUGUGGACAAAAUUAAGGAUACUCCAAAUCAUGUAAAGUGGCUGACAUUAGUUAAAAGUGUAAAAGAAGAGUUUCUAGAUUUCUGUUUUAUUGGAGAAAAGUCUAUUGUUGCUGUUGAUGCUGUAGUUAAUGUUAUAAAAAGCGAAAUUGAUAACUUUGAGCAAUCUUUAAUUUACGAAUCUUAUAUAUCGAUGAAUCUUGCACAUUUCCUCUUUCUUAAAGAGUUCAAAGAACAGGAAAUCAAUGACUUUAGUGAGAAAAAUAAAAUUAAGAAUGUGUGUCUGAAAGAUAAUAAGUUACACCUGGAUGGAACACAAGAGCAAAUUAGGAAAAUGGAAACAUUUAUAGAAAAUUUAAGGAAAGAUAUCAGCUCAAAAGAUGCAACAUUUAGAUCUCAAGAAACCCAGAAAAGUGAAGAAGGAAACAAUUUCUUAUGGGAAAAGCAGAUGAAAUCUGAGAGUAAAAAGUUAAAUUCAGAUUUAGGAAGUGAAACAGUUGAAAUAGUUAAUGUUAAGUAUAAGAACUGUGAAAUAGUGUUGAAGGAAGGUGACAUCACGACUCUGGACACAGAUGCUAUUGUUAAUGCUGCAAAUGGCAGACUGGAACACUGGUGUGGGGUUGCAGCAGCCAUUGUGCAGAAAGGUGGGCCUGAAAUUCAAAUUGAAUCUAACAAAAUUAUGAAAAAAAGAAGGAGUGAACUGAAAACUGGAGAAGUAGUGUCAACUAAAGCUGGUAAACUCAAAUGCAAGACUAUCAUUCAUGCUGUUGGACCCGUUUGGAAAAAUGGAUGGGAUCAGGAAAUGGAUUACCUUUCAGUAUCUGUUCGAAAUUGUUUGGCAGUUCUUGAAGAAAAGUCUUAUACAUCAAUUGCAAUUCCUGCCAUCAGUACAGGUAUUUUUGGUAUACCCAUAGAAGAAGGAACCAAAUGUAUAGUUAUAGCUAUAAAGAAUUAUCUUGAUGCUUACUCAAAUUCUAAAAUAAAGCAUAUUUGUCUGAUUGACGUACGGAAGGAAGUAAUCAGAGCUUUUAAGCUUCAUCUAGAAACAGUGUUUGGAAUCAGUAAAAGCAGAG